GUUGAGCGAAUCAUUUUCAGUUCUUCGAGACGUUCGGUUCUAUCCGGUAGUUCCUGGUGUGGUUAGCGAUCGUUGUGCCGUGCCGUCGUGUGUUCUUUCCACGGGAAAAAGCAAAAAAAGUCAUCCAUCCUUCAGUAGCAGCAAUUUUUGCUUCGUUCCGUGUAGAGGAGAUUACUCAGCAGCCAAGCCAGCCAACUUCACAAAAAUCUCGACGUCGUCCUUCGUUCUGUGUCGGGUCAGUCAGCAGUUCCGUGUGUCGUCGCGGCGGGUCAAGAAAAUUUCUCCUUCAAAUUUUCCAGCGUUUGCUCUAUCUCGUCAAGCCGCGCGACGCCCAUGUGCAAUUUUUGGUGACCUUUUGCCAAACAGGAAAAAUAAAUAGCCCCGAUUGCUUCAAUUCGUGGCAAUUUUGUCGUGGCGGGUGGCGUUAAUUUAAUAUUGCGAUAGUGCGACAAAGUAGCACUACUAACCAGAAAGAAGGAGGAAUCCUGUGUGCGUGCGUGUGUCCACUGGUGCAUUGAUUGGGCAGAGAAGAGAGAAGCCUUGUGUAAUCCUUUCCUGCUGAUAAUAGUGCGCUGGGUCGUUUGUGAAAGAUCCGAAUCGUUGGCAAGUGGGUCGACCUCGGAGGAAACAAAUCAGUUUCGGUGACUCAUUGCUGCUUGCGGUGUUCCAGUUCCGGUUUGGCAGCUAAGUCUACUGGCCAGCGAAAAUGUUGAUUAAGGAGUUUCGAGUAACGUUACCCCUGACGGUGGAAGAGUAUCAAGUGGGACAGCUCUAUUCGGUGGCGGAGGUGUCGAAAAAUGAAACCGGAGGCGGCGAAGGAAUAGAAGUGCUAAAAAAUGAACCUUUCACCAACUACCCACUUCUCGGAGGUAAAUACUCAUCCGGUCAGUAUACCUACAAAAUCUAUCACCUGGCAUCGAAGGUCCCAGCAUUCAUCCGGUUGCUAGCGCCCAAGGGAUCCCUGGAAGUGCACGAAGAGGCUUGGAAUGCAUACCCCUACUGCCGGACAGUUAUAACCAAUCCCGGCUACAUGAAGGAAAAUUUCAUCAUCUGUAUCGAAUCACUGCACGUCGCCGAUGUCGGUGAUCAGAACAAUGCUCAUGAGUUGCCGCCAGAGAAGCUGAAACAGCGUGAGGUGCUGUACAUUGACAUUGCCAACGAUCCCGUGACUCCCGCUGACUACCGAGAGACCGAAGAUCCUACUAAAUUCAAAUCGGUGAAAACUGGCCGAGGACCGCUGGUCGGUCCGGACUGGAAGAAAAAGGUUCAGCCGGUGAUGACCUGCUACAAGCUCGUCACCUGCGAGUUCAAGUGGUUUGGGCUACAAUCGAGAAUAGAAAACUUCAUCCAGAAAUCAGAGCGAAGACUGUUCACGAUUUUCCACCGACAAGUAUUUUGCUGGAUGGACAGCUGGCACGGGCUAACCAUGGAGGACAUUCGUGAGCUGGAGGACAAGACCAAAGAGGAACUGGACAAACAACGCCACGUUGGAGAGGUUCGCGGAAUGCGCGCCGAAACGGACUAAACGUCUGCUAGCAUGUUUUGGGGGGAGUCAUACUAAUUGGUUCUGGUUACUUGGCAUAAAGGGAAGGAAAUACAAUGGAUACCGGAUAUUAUAAACAUUGACAGUUGUCUUGGAGAAACAAAAUAAUAAAAUCUAAAUCGUGGUUGAAUCGUAGGCGGAAAACAACAGUAAUUAUACAAUAAAACAAUUACAAAUAGGUACACCACACAUACACAGAUAGACAGGCAGGAAUCUACUUAGAUACACAGACACUUACAAAACAAGAAACAAAAACACACGAAAAGCAACUAAUUAGGCAUCAUUUAGAAAGCGUGGAUGAAGUUUAGAACAUAUGCAAAGAAGUUAUAUUUAAGAUAAUGCAAAACAAGCACGUAGCGAGUAGCGGAGAUGGAUGCAAAACUUUAACAAACAAACAACAAAAUAUUUAAAUCCUGCUGGUGAUGAAGCAAAACAACAAAAGAAAUCAGAAAACACCUAUAAAUAGAAUAUAACAGUCUAUAGAAUGGAAGGAUCCAGUUUAUUCCUUACUUAUGCAGAGAGCACUAUUUAAGUUGAAUGAGAAUGAAAACAGUCCAUGCUGGAUUUAGUCAAAUUUGUUUUUAAAACGAAACUAAUUUAAUACAAUCACGCCCAUGAUAAACGUU